CUCGCUGCAAAAACUUCAAUAUGGCGUGAAGAUGUGGAUUGCGGAAAAAGCAGUGUAUCAGUUGCAAAAAAGAAACACUUUCCAUGAGGGGUUUUCAAGAGUUAAUUGCUGUUUUAGAUUUUGGUGAGGUAAAGGACACGGACAGCCUAUUGGGGUGACCUGGCGAGAUUCGUAAUGCGCAAAAUUCACUCAGCGUCAUGUUCCCUCCUUUUGUUGCUCAUCGUGGGUUCGAUGGGCCCCACCUGGCAAGAGAAAGUUAAAAACAAAGGAAGUUAUAGUGUUCCUUUGAGGCGAACGAAACGAGAUCUACGAGAUAGCCGAGGGAAUCCAACUGAAAAUUUGAAAGGACGGCCUGGGCAAGGAUAUUACAUAUCGACGGAUCUUGGGAGCCCUCCUCUGAGAAUAAAUGUCCUUGUUGAUACUGGAAGUAGUAAUUUUGCAGUCGCAGCAUCUCCACAUCCAUAUCUCCCCUUCUACUUUCGUACUGACAAGUCAACUUCAUAUCAAGAUCAAAACAGACGUGUAGCAGUUCCAUAUACACAGGGAAACUGGGAAGGAGAGCUAGGAUCUGAUUUGCUACGGUUUGUUGAAGGACCAAAUGCUACUGUUCGUGUCAAUGUUGCAGCCAUUCAGUCUUCAGAGAAUUUUUAUAUCAAUGGUUCUAUGUGGGAAGGAAUCCUGGGACUUGGCUAUGCAAGAUUAUCAAAGCCCGACUCAAGUGUACUGCCAGUGUUUGAUCAGUUUGUUAAUGCUGGAGUUGUCAAGGAUUCUUUCUCGAUGCAGUUGUGUGGCAGUAGUGAAAUUGACCUUUCUUCUGAGCCUACUGUUGCUGGAACAAUGGUUUUUGGGGAAGUUGAUAAUGAGUUGUAUGAGGGUGAUCUUCUCUUCACUCCAGUGGUAAAGAAAUGGUACUAUGAAGUUGUCAUAACUGACAUAGCAGUUGGUGGGGAAAGUUUGGCCCUGGAUUGUAAAAAGUACAAUUAUGACAAGACAAUAGUGGACAGUGGAACAACAAACUUAAGAGUUUCAGAAGAAGUCUUUGAUGCUAUUCUUGAUAGACUCAAGAAAUUUGACAAGCUGGGUGUACCAGAUGAGUUUUGGAUUGGUCGACAGAUGAUGUGUUGGAAUUAUGACAAAACUCCUUGGGAGGAGUUUCCAGAUAUGUCCAUUUCACUUCUUUCCACCAUUAGUAAUUCCAAGGAAUUCAGGCUCAAGAUACCUCCCCAGCUUUAUCUAAGAGAGACAAUCGAACGUGGUCCUCUUCCUGGACAACACUGUUAUAAGUUUGCUAUAACUAAAGCUGACAAAGGAACAGUGAUAGGUGCAGUAAUCAUGGAGGGAUUUUAUGUUGUCUUUGAUAGAGAAAAUGUCCAGGUUGGCUUUGCAGCUACAACUUGUGGAGUAGAGACAGAAAGUUCUGAUACUGCACUUCUCACAGUGGCUUAUGUUAUGGCAGGGGUGUGUGGAUUGUGUCUGCUGCCAAUUUUUGUUCUCUUGGCUCAAGCUAGUUGUAAGAGAAAAAAACAGCACGAGCGACUUCCACAAAGUGAGACUGCACAUGAAGCAAGUGACACCGCAAACCUUAGAGAUGAUUUCUGAUAUAAUUUUGCAAUGAUGUUUCAGUGAUGACAGUACAUCAAUGAAAUUACUCCACCAUAUACAUGAAUGGGUUUAAGGACUGGUAAGACUUGCAUCAGUGGUUACUGGAGUACAUACCACCCUGGUUUUCAGGAAAUAUUUAGUUUGAGAACAAUUUCUUAACCUAAAAUGCUGCUUGGUAAACAAUGUUUUCCAAUAUUGAAGGUGCUAUUGGCUGAUCAUUACAAGCCACUUUGGUCAUGCUAUACAUGGCAAUGUAUAUGUAUGUACAUACAUGGUAGUUUUAUCAAAUUA